GCGCCGGGCGCCUGGGGAGGGACGGGCCCGGCAGCACUGGAGGAGGGCGCCACUUGUACCGGCCGACACCGCUGCCGGCGCCGGAGAAGCCAGCAAGGGCCGCUGCCUCCUAGCGCAGGUGGCCACAAGGAAGCCGGCUCAGGUGCUUCCGGGCGGCCGGGCCAGCCAGCGAGAGCCUACAAACUCCAGGCAAGCGGCUGCGGGGAACCGUCGGCAGUAUGAUCCCGGUGGCCGAAUUCAAGCAGUUCACAGACCAGCAGCCUGCUUUCAAGGUUCUCAAGCCAUGGUGGGAUGUGUUGGCCGAGUACAUCACCAUAGCCAUGCUGAUGAUAGGAGUUUUUGGCUGCACUUUGCAGGUGACACAAGAUAAGAUCAUCUGCCUUCCCAACCAUGUGCCUGAUGGCACAACCUUCACUGGUGCAUCUUGUGAAGAUUUCACGAAGAAGAGGGCCAAUGUCUCUGAGCCAAUAGGACCCUCUGCCAACCAGCGAAUGAAUGGAUUGAAGAACAACCUAGACCUCCAACAAUACAGCUACAUCAAUCAGAUGUGCUAUGAGACGGCCCUCCAUUGGUAUGCCAAAUACUUCCCAUACCUCGUGGUCAUCCACACCCUCAUCUUCAUGGCGUGCACCUCGUUCUGGUUCAAGUUUCCUGGGACCAGUUCCAAGAUUGAGCAUUUUAUCUCCAUCCUGAGCAAGUGCUUUGACUCGCCCUGGACUACUCGAGCCAUCUCUGAAGUCUCUGGGGAUAACCAGGAAAAUGCAUUCUUAGAGAAGGGGUACCGGAGGAGGAAAAGCAGUGCUCCCAGCGAGACAGCUGAACUCAACCCCCCCGGGGGAUCGAUGUCAGAAAAGAAGGUUUCAGAGUCCUCCCCGGUUAGCCUAUUGGACAAAAAGGAAGGGGAGCAGGCCAAGGCUCUCUUUGAAAAGGUGAAGAAGUUCCGGCUCCACGUUGAAAAAGGAGACAUCCUUUACACCAUGUAUAUCCGCCAAACCGUUCUCAAAGUCUUCAAGUUUCUCGUCAUCAUUGCCUACAAUGCAGCCUUGGUUUCCAAUAUCAGCUUCAUUGUGCCAUGCACUGUCAGGAUGGAGGACAUGACGGGCUAUGACCAUUUCUGCUGCAACCACACCAAAGCCCACCUCUUCUCCAAACUGGCCAUCUGCUACAUCUGCUUCCUUGGCAUAUACGGCAUGACGUGUCUCUACACCCUCUACUGGCUGUUUCACCGGCCGCUGAAAGAGUACUCCUUUCAAUUUGCACGCAACGAGACAGGCAUCAGCGACAUUCCUGAUGUCAAGAACGACUUUGCUUUCAUGCUCCACCUCAUUGACCAGUAUGAUUCCCUCUACUCCAAGCGCUUUGCUGUCUUCCUUUCCGAGGUCAGCGAGUUCAGACUCAAGCAGAUCAACCUCAGUCAUGAGUGGACGGUGGACAAACUGCGGCAGAAGCUGCAAACCAAUGCCCAAGGCCGGCUGGAGCUCCAUCUCUUCAUGCUACCAGGGUUGCCUGACACCACCUUUGAGCUGAAUGAGCUGCAGUCCCUGAAGCUGGAGCUCCUCAAAGAUGUGACAUUCCCACCCUCAGUGACUCAGCUGGCCCAGCUCCAGGAGCUCACGCUGAUCAACUCUCCCGUCAAGCUCUCUUUCACCUCUCUUAUGUUCUUCCGUGAGCAGCUGAAGGUAAUGACUGUCAAGUUUGAUGACAUCAAAGAUAUACCACUAUGGACCUACAACUUGAGAGGCUUGGAAGAGUUGCACAUCUCGGGACUUUUCAGUCCAGAGAUGGGCCGGGCAGGAACUCUGGAGAACCUGCGUGAGCUGAGGAAUCUGAAGACCUUGACUCUGCACAGCAACAUCUCAAAACUGCCACCUAGCGUGUCUGACGUUGCCGCCCAUCUGCAGAAGCUCAGGAUCUACAACGAUGGGACUAAGCUAGUGACCCUCAACAACCUCAAGAAGCUCUUCUCUGUGCAAGAAGUGGAGCUGAUAAACUGCAACCUGGAACGCAUCCCCCAUGCUGUCUUCAGCCUGGUGAACAUGCAGCAGUUGGACCUCAAGGAUAACCAGCUGCAGUCCAUUGCAGAGAUCAUCAGCUUCCAGCAUUGCCGCAAGCUGGUGUGCCUCAAACUUUGGCACAACCACAUUUCCAGCAUUCCUGAACACUUCCGCAAGCUCAAGACCCUAGAGCAGCUUGACCUCAGCCAUAACCGCAUUGAGGUCCUCCCUUCCCAACUAUUCCAGUGUUCUAGGCUGCACACUUUGGACCUUUCCUAUAACAAUAUCCAGGUCAUUCCCCCUGGGAUGGGAGUCCUGCAGAGCCUUCAGCAUUUUGCCAUUUCUCACAACUCCUUAGAGGCACUGCCAAAUGAAAUCUUCUUCUGCAAGCAGCUCCGGGUUCUCAAAGUGGGACACAACAAACUGCAUCGCCUCUCUGAUCGUGUGAGUUGGCUGCCUUCGCUCUCCACGCUAGACUUGAGAGGAAACCCCCUUCAGGCCCUUCCCUUGGAGAUUGGCCAGUGCCCAGUGCUCAAACGGAGUGGCCUGCUGGUGGAGAGCAGUCUUUAUGAGGCGUUGCCUUUGGAAAUUAGGGAGAAAAUGGAGGAUCAGUGAUGAGGAGAAUGAUAAAGGGGGCAGGGGUGUCCUCUCAUGUGUUGGCCCCUUUGAGUCCAAGCAUGGACUGAAUGGGGGAGCUGGCUGGAGUUCUAUCUUCGGCUGGAACCAAGGAGGGAAUGGGAACUUUUCACCCUAAUAAGGGAGCAAAGGAAUUGAAAAGACACAACAAAGAGCAAAAGUAGAAAGUGACUUUUAAAAAAAUAAACAACCCUGUUUUCUGAAUGGAUAAGACCACAGGAAUUAUCCAUUGGGGCGGGGGCGGAAGCAUAGCUACACCUGACCAAAUCAUCAUUAUAGCUAUUUUUGUACAUGUGUUGUGUACUGGUGUAUCUUUGUGAAAUGCCCUGGGGCUUUGCGGGAUUGUUUUGUUCAAAACUCCUAUCUCUGUUCCCUUCUCCUCAUCAAUGUGUUCAGCUCGCAGGCCUGUAGCUUACAAAGCCCAUCUUUUGAGCUUAUUAGAAAACUUUCUUUUCUGCGGUUUCAAAUUCCUAUAUAUCAUGGGGUGGGGAAUCAGGGACAGGCAACUCUUCAACAGGGAAAUAGCCUAAUUCCUUUUACUUCUUUGUUCAAAGAAGGGCUGUGUUCCUUAGCACUGGACGGCCAGAGCACAAUGCCUUCACAUACCACUGACUGUAAGGAAUCUUCUUACGUUUGUGUGUGUCUGUGUACAUAUGCAUGUAUACCUUAAUCCCUUCUGGUUUCUGUUUUUGUCACAUUCUAAUCAGGGUGACAUUAGUUUAUCAGUUCUUCUUGAGUGCUAGAGCUGAACUUUCUGGCUGUUCAGAUCUCUUCCCUCUUCAGGCUAGGAGAGCCUAGCACCUCAGAUCCUCUUCAGAACUCAAUUCCUCUCUCAUUACCUUCUCACGUAAUUUCAGUGAGCACCACACAUGGAAGAGAGGAGGAAUCCUGCACUGUGAAAACCCAUCCUCACUACCACUCAUGAAAGCCACCUCAUUUCCCUCUGGAGCCUUUAAUCAGUUCUCCACAUAUUCCAAUCCCAGCAUAGGUUGAAGUUGCUUUCUCACUCCUCCUAUAAGCACAGACAUUCUUUCUACCCAUUUUCUGUAAUCAAGGCAGGUAAGUGCCUUUUGCUUAGCACAUGAAGGGAGAUGUGGGACUCCCCCCCCACUGCCGCCUUUGGUUCAAGUUGGCUGAGCUGAUUUCCCAGGUGGCUUGGGCUUGCUUCUGUUUCAUCCCUUUGGGUCUCAGCUCUCUUAUGGCCUCUUGAGACGCAAGCAGACUCUUCUGGGCCUGCCAUAACCUGGCCUUCUCUUCCUGCUUUACCUGAUUGCAGAGCACUUUGGGGCAUGUAAAAGCCAUUGGAAAAGGGACCCUGCUUCCUCAAUGGCAAAGCAACUCAAAGCUGAUCUCAGAAUCCUACCUGUUGGCAGCAGACUGCUUCAUAUCCAGUUAAAGUAUGUUUAGGAAAAGUUUAUUAAAAAUAAGAGAGAGCUGAAAUGCAUGGCAAUAAGAAACAAUAGUGCACACUUUUAGCAGAUGCUGUGCUAGCACUCUCUCUCUGUGUGUGUGUGGGUGUGGGUGCAUGUAAUGUUCCUAACCCCCCACUUGUCUUUGCUCAUAGAGUUGCUUUGUCCUUAGAAACCUCACAAUCUGGUCCAAAAUAGUUUAGUUCAUAUGUCUUCUGCCAGAUUGAAUAUAUAGAGGUGGUUGAAUAA